UUUCAAAAGGUUAUUUUCUUUUCCCUCCUAGGAAACACUGGUUGACCUGACAGGUAAAAGGACUUAGUUGUUUUGACAAACUACGUUGAAAAACAUUAUUAACUACAUAAGUUUUACCAUUGAAAGUGAAACGGAGUGAGAGUAGAAUUGACUCAAAUUAAAGGUCUUAAGUAUUGAUGCCUCCCUUUUGCAGAAUGUUCUUAAUCCUGGUUGUCACAGUGUUCUUGGCUAGCUGCUCGGCAAUGCCCAUCAAAGACCCGUACUCGUAUUCCUCUGCGGUGGGUCAGGGACUUGGCACCCCAUUUGCUUCCUACGGUGAAGGACGCAUCACAGGAGUCAGAGUGUGGGAGACCAACAACAACUACUACUACUACUACUACUACUCCUACAACAGCAACGCCUACAUCAGCGGGUUCCAGCUGAGAUACGGCAACACCUGGUCUCCUGUGUUCGGUAGCGAAGGGGGCUUAAAGCAGGAGAUAGAGCUGUUUAAUGAUGAGGCCAUCGUCGAGGUGUCUGGGAAGUACAACCCAGCAGACUACAUCUGCUACCUGGUGUUAACCACCAACAUGGGGCGCACUCUGUCAGCCGGCCUGCCCAACCAAGUCUCCUUCAACUUCUACCCAGCCAACAUGGGCAAUGAGCUGAGGCUGCUCAGCGGUCGCUUCAACGGUGCCGGGAUCACCUCCAUCGGAGCCCACUGGGGAUUGGUGUACAUGGAAGGGGCUGGAAACAGUACUCUGGAAACAGCAAUGGAAACAGUAACUCCUAUUUUUUAG